CCAUUACAGUAAGCCAUUUUUGAGAGAGAGAGAGAGAGAGAGAUAGAGAGAGAUGCAGGCCAUUAAGGAGAAGCUUAGUGAAAUGAACACCGCGCGCAAGGUCAAGGCCGAGGCGAGGGCCGACGAGAAGGCCGAGAAGGACUACGCGAAAGCAAGAGCGGGGGUGGCACACGAGGUGAGAUUGGCGAGAGAGGCCGAAGCUGAUAUGGACAAGCAUGUGAACAAGGCCGAACGGCUGGCGCGGAAAGAGCUAGCAAAACAUGGGGAUGGUGGUCCUAGGAACAACAAUGGCUAUGGGAGCUACACGAACAGCGAUCAAAGAGCAACAGACCCGAUUGGAGCAGGCAAUGCUACCACUUAUGAGGUCAAGAUUGCUUCUCCAUCCCAAGCAUCAUCUGCUCCUCCAUCCAACAAGUUAUUGUAAGAGUCCCAGAGACCCUCAUGUGUUGUGGGAUAGAACUAGAGUGAUUUCAUCAUUCCCUCUCCUUUUUUUUUCCUCCUUCCGUGUUUCUUCGUAUUCAUAACGUUGCUCGAAGUAUGUAACAAUUUCUUUCAAUCGGUUUGUAUGGUGACCGGAGCGGAAUCAUGAUACACGUUCGCCUCUUCGUUACGUCCUUCGUAUAAGGUGCAACGGACUUUGCUUAAAUAUAGAUCUUUUCUGUGUAA